GAUUUAUCUUUCUUCCUCUCUCUUACUCUCUGUGGCUCUAGCCAUUUCUCUUUUGCGUAAAAGUCAAAAUGGCCUCCGUCGCUCUUCGAAACCCAACCUCGAAGCGUCUACUUCCCUUCUCUACUCAGAUCUACUCACGCUGCGGUGGUUCCAUCUCUUCGUCUCCCUCGAUCUCUCACUCGAUCGGAGGAGGAGAUGAUCUAUCUCCCUCAAGCUUCGGAGCUUCCCUGUGGAGAUCCAUGGCCACCUUUACACGAAAUAAACCUCAUGUUAAUGUCGGAACGAUCGGGCAUGUGGAUCACGGGAAGACCACUUUGACUGCUGCAAUCACAAAGGUUCUUGCUGAGGAGGGCAAAGCUAAAGCUAUUGCCUUUGAUGAGAUUGAUAAAGCUCCUGAGGAGAAGAAGAGAGGAAUUACCAUUGCCACGGCUCAUGUGGAGUAUGAGACUGCUAAGCGUCACUAUGCUCAUGUUGAUUGCCCUGGACACGCUGAUUAUGUUAAGAAUAUGAUUACUGGAGCUGCACAAAUGGAUGGUGGGAUUCUUGUGGUUUCAGGUCCAGAUGGACCCAUGCCUCAGACCAAGGAACAUAUCCUACUUGCCCGUCAGGUUGGUGUUCCAUCACUUGUGUGUUUCCUGAACAAAGUCGAUGUGGUGGAUGAUCCAGAGUUAUUGGAGCUUGUAGAGAUGGAACUACGUGAACUCCUCAGCUUCUACAAGUUCCCUGGUGAUGAUAUCCCAAUCAUCCGGGGAUCUGCUCUGUGUGCACUUCAGGGCACAAACGAUGAAAUUGGAAGGCAAGCUAUAUUGAAGCUUAUGGAUGCUGUCGAUGAGUACAUACCUGACCCUGUUCGUGUGCUUGACAAGGCUUUCUUGAUGCCUAUUGAAGAUGUUUUCUCAAUCCAAGGACGUGGAACUGUUGCAACCGGACGUAUUGAGCAAGGAGUCAUCAAAGUUGGUGAAGAAGUUGAGAUAUUGGGUUUAAAAGACGGACCUCCAAUGAAAUCUACUGUAACUGGGGUUGAGAUGUUCAAGAAGAUUUUGGAUAAUGGACAGGCUGGUGACAAUGUUGGACUUCUUCUGCGUGGGCUCAAGAGAGAAGACAUUCAGCGUGGAAUGGUGAUUGCUAAGCCUGGUUCAUGCAAGACAUACAAGAAGUUUGAAGCGGAGAUCUAUGUGCUCACAAAGGACGAAGGUGGACGUCACACUGCUUUUCUCUCCAACUACAGGCCUCAGUUCUACUUGAGGACUGCAGAUAUCACUGGGAGAGUAGAGUUACCAGAUGACGUGAAGAUGGUUAUGCCUGGUGACAAUGUCACUGCUGUUUUCGAGCUUAUCAUGCCUGUCCCACUCGAAAUAGGUCAAAGAUUUGCCCUGAGGGAAGGAGGUAGAACAGUUGGAGCUGGUGUUGUAUCAAAAGUGAUGACUUGAAGAGUUCUCAAAAGGCAUCUCUAGGAACCCAUCAAUGAUGUGAUUUAUUUCUUCUUUUUGUUCCUCUGCUUUGAGAUUUCAGCUAUAUCAAAUAACACAGAGAGAAGCAUAAUUUAAGUUUCCAACUCUUGAUUUGUUGCUUCCUACUCUGAAAAAACUAGUCUCUUUAAAUUCUCAUUUUCUGCA